GCCAUUUACAUAGAGCAGCGAGGAACGCGUGGCGGUUGCCGUGGUUACGUCGUUUUUCUCGCGCGCUUAGGAGCCCAGUGGGAGGAGCUUGGGAGUUAGUGGCGGCGCUCGGGUCUCGCGCGAGUGCCGGGGGGGAGCUGUGUGUGUGUUGAAGUCACCGAGUGCCGCGGAGUGGGACCGGAACUGGAGGGAGGAGGCGGCCCCUGCGGCUCAUGGAGCCCACAAUAUCUGAUAUUGGCCGCAUGCCUGCUGAUUUGCUUCUGUGGUUACUUUGACCCUCGCAUACCUGAGGAUACGCCCUGGAAAUUCCUUAAAGGUAUUUCAUGUUUGUUCCUUUUUAUAAAGCAGCCUGUAAUCCGAUGUCGCACACCAGCAUUGGCUUCUAAUGAUCAUCUCUGCUGAACAUUUAAACCUCUCCUUGCUCGCUACAGAUUGGGAGAAUGGCAUUGAACAGCAGAAACAGUGAAUUUUUGGCUCUUAGCAAUGGCAACAUCCCAUCCAAACCCCUGUCAGCAAGCCAUCCCGCAGCCAGCGAUGGAGACCAGCAGCACCCUUCCACAGACGAAGGAAGACUUAAAGUGAGUCCCAAUGGAUGCCUUUCACAUAAUGGGGCGGUGAAGCCUUGUUCUUUGUUUCUAGACAACCAAAGAACUCCAGUUAUUUCCCAGUGCUGCCAGCCCUGCUCAUACCAUCAUUCUUUACACAACCAUAACAACCUACAAGACUGUGUUCCACGAACUGGUGGAACUGCUGCUUCUGCACUGAAUUCUGGCUGCCUACAGCAACGCACAGAGUUCUCCCCAAACUCAGGUUGCCAAAACCAUCCACCCAUAUAUCACCCUGCCUGUUGUCUUCAACCCUCACAGUCAUUCUGCCUUCAUCAGUGCCGUGAUCAUUUUCAGCAUCAGCAAGUGCCACACCAUUUAGUAAAUUUAAGGGCUGCCAAACCAUUCCAGUUACCCAGAAGCUACGCUGCUUUGAUAGCUGACUGGCCUGUUGUGGUUCUUGGCAUGUGCACUGUAAUUAUAGUGGUUUGUGCCCUGGUUGGCAUCCUCGUGCCAGAUCUUCCUGACUUUUCUGAUCCACUUCUGGGUUUUGAACCCAGAGGGACAGCCAUCGGACAAAGACUGGUGACAUGGAAUAACAUGGUGAAAAACACUGGCUACAAAGCAACCUUGGCCAACUAUCCGUUUAAAUAUGCAGACGAGCAGGCAAAAAACCAUCAAGAUGACAGGUGGUCAGAAGAUCAUUAUGAGCGAGAGAAGAGACAAGCAGACUGGAACUUUCACAAGGACAGUUUCUUCUGUGCUAUCCCAAAUGACCAUUAUUCUCGAGUAGUAUUUACAUCUGUGGAAGGAGAGGAUCUGUGGAACCUGCGAUCGAUUAAGUCCAUGUGCAGUAUAGAUAAUUCAAGGAUUAGGUCCCACCCCCAGUUUGCAGAUUUGUGUCAGCGUACCUCCGCAGAUUCCUGUUGCCCAAGCUGGACGUUAGGGAAUUAUAUUGCCAUCUUAAAUAACCGGUCAUCUUGUCAGAAGAUCGUAGAACGAGAUGUUUCCCAUACACUCAAGCUGGUUCGCACGUGUGCCAAAUACUAUCAUAACGGGACUUUGGGAGCAGACUGCUGGGAUAUGGCGGCCAAGAGGAAGGACCAGCUGAAGUGUACAAAUGUGCCUCGCAAAUGUACCAAGUACAAUGCAGUUUACCAGAUUCUUCACUACUUAGUAGAUAAAGAUUUUUUAAGCCCAAAGACUGCUGAGUAUGUAAUACCAGCUUUAAAGCAUAGUAUGCUUUUCUCUCCGACAGAAAAAGGGGAAUCCAUGAUGAGAAUUUAUCUUGACAAUUUUGAGAACUGGAACUGCUCUGAUGGUGUCACUACUGUGACCGGGAUUGAGUUUGGGAUCAAACAUAGUUUGUUUCAAGACUAUCUUUUAAUGGAUACCGUGUAUCCUGCAAUUGCCAUUGUAAUCGUUUUGUUGGUGAUGUGUGUAUACACUAGGUCGGUGUUCAUAACGCUCAUGACAAUGUUUGCCAUAAUUAGUUCACUAAUUGUAUCUUAUUUCCUUUAUCGAGUAGUAUUUAACUUUGAGUUUUUCCCCUUUAUGAACCUCACUGCACUAAUAAUCCUUGUCGGAAUUGGAGCAGACGAUGCUUUCGUCUUAUGCGACGUCUGGAACUACACGAAGUUUGACAAACCCAAUGCAGAAACCUCUGAAACAGUUUCCACCACUCUGCAACAUGCUGCUCUGUCGAUGUUUGUCACCAGCUUUACCACCGCAGCUGCCUUUUAUGCAAACUACAUCAGCAACAUCACAGCCAUCCGGUGCUUUGGUGUUUAUGCUGGCACAGCCAUAUUGGUGAAUUAUGUUUUAAUGGUAACCUGGCUCCCGGCAGUAGUUGUUUUACAUGAGCGUUAUCUCCUCAGCAUAUUCAGUUGCUUCAAAAAAACCCAGCAACGGCAAUAUAAUAAGAAAAGCUGCUGGAAUGUACUGUGCCAGAAGGCACACAAUCUUCUCUUCACGUUAUCCGAGGCUUCACGAAUAUUCUUUGAAAAAGUUUUGCCAUGUAUAGUUAUAAAAUUUCGAUAUAUUUGGGUGUUCUGGUUUCUUGCUAUAACUGUCGGUGGGGCAUACGUAGUGUGCGUUAAUCCAAAGAUGAAAUUGCCUUCCUUGGAGCUUUCCGAGUUCCAGGUGUUUAGGUCCUCCCAUCCAUUUGAACGCUACGAUUCAGAGUACAAAAAAAUAUUUAUGUUUGAACGGGUCCAUCAUGGAGAGGAGCUUCAUAUGCCUAUAACCAUUGUGUGGGGGGUUGCUCCAGAAGAUAAUGGAGAUCCCCUUAAUCCCAAAAGCAAAGGCAAGCUUAGGUUGGAUAGUAGCUUUAAUAUUGCAAGUCCGGCAUCUCAACAGUGGAUUUUGCGUUUUUGCCAAAAGUUAAAGAACCAAACCUUUUUCUACCAAACCGAUGAACAGGACUUUACUAGCUGUUUCAUUGAGACAUUUAAACAGUGGAUGGAAAAUCAAGAUUGCGAUGAACCUUCCCUUUACCCAUGUUGCAGCCAGUCCAGCUUUCCGUAUAAGCAAGAAGUCUUUGAGCUCUGCAUUAAAAGAGCAAUCAUGGAGCUUGAUAGAAGCACUGGCUAUCAUUUGGACAGCAAGACUCCUGGUCCAAGGUUUGAUAUCAAUGAUACAAUCAGAGCUGUAGUGCUGGAAUUUCCAAGUACUUACCUUUUUACCUUAGCUCAUGAAAAAAUGCACCAGUUUUACAAGGAAGUGAAUGAAUGGAUUGCAAAUGAACUUCAGUCUGCUCCUGAUGGCCUAAGCAAUGGAUGGUUUGUAAGUAACCUAGAAUUUUAUGACUUGCAAGACAGCCUCUCUGAUGGAACACUAAUCGCUAUGGGAUUGUCUGUGGCUGUUGCUUUCAGUGUGAUGAUCUUGACCACGUGGAAUAUCAUUCUGAGUAUUUAUGCCAUAAUUUCAAUAGCUGGCACUAUAUUUGUCACUGUUGGUUCUCUUGUUCUUCUUGGGUGGGAGCUAAAUGUGUUGGAAUCUGUCACCAUUUCAGUUGCCGUGGGCCUCUCUGUGGAUUUUGCAGUACAUUAUGGCGUGGCCUAUCGCCUGGCUCCAGAUCCAGACAGAGAAGGAAAAGUGGUCUUCUCUCUGAGUCGUAUGGGUUCUGCUAUCGCAAUGGCUGCUCUGACCACCUUUGUUGCUGGAGCUAUGAUGAUGCCCUCUACUGUCCUAGCAUACACCCAGCUAGGUACUUUCAUGAUGCUAAUCAUGUGCGUAAGCUGGGCUUUUGCAACUUUCUUUUUUCAAUGUAUGUGCCGAUGCCUUGGACCCCAAGGAACAUGCGGUCAAAUACCAUUGCCAAAAAAAUUACAGUUCAAAGCCUUUUCUCAAGCAUUAUCAUCACAUACUACAGAAAGGGGCCAAAACAAAUAUCAGUUAGACACUAGAGGUACAAAAACAGAUGUGGAACAUGAACACUAUGAAUUGGAGCCUUUAGCAUCACAUAAUUGUAGCACAUCAUAAGACUUUUUUUUUAAUAUAAAGAGACUAUUUCUCAGAGUUAUAUAUUGAAAUAUUAUUGAAUGCACCUGCACCUCCAAGUUCACUGUACUGCUCCAUGGAAUGAAAGCAUCUGUGAUUACAUUUCUUGUACAGCAAGGUAUCUGUCAAAGAGUCCGCAUGCCAGUUUGUCUCUCAGAUCCAAUAUUUUACAGGUCUAUGCCAUCAGGAAGGUUGAACUAAAAUCAAUGUGGCUUCUCUGCACUGAUUAUAUGACUAUAUUAUAUGAGAUUGGAUAAACACUGAUAAUCUUUCUAAAGAACCCUUUACCUAGUAAUCUUCAUCAAGUAAGGUCCGGCGCAAGACAAAGCUUCCACUCGCACAGCUGCACAAAACACAAGACCUGUACCCCAAAACUACAUUCUGCUUUUGCUUCAUUUGCCAAAGUGUUGUUACUAAGUUAAGUUUUUUUUGUAAUUAUUUCUAAAGAAUGCAGAACAAAAGCAGAAAAACCCCACUAACAGUUCCAUUGUUUGUAAAUGAAACAGAUAGCACUUCAUUCCUUAAAGAUCAGACGUUUCGUUUUAACGAAAGUGGUGCACAAACUGCAGUCUUCUAGCUGGUGCUUAAAGACAUCUGCUGCUGACCAGAGAGACAAGGGUGUUAUGGUUAAACAGCUGGAGGGCUGGAGUGUGAGCAUCUUUACCUCUAACCUGAUGUGAAUGUUUAGGAACCAAAAUAAUCAGAGCUUGACGUUAAAAAAUCAACUUGGAAAAGCUGCUCCUUACCAGUGCCACAAGACACGACUGUUGUAAUGGUUAAGUGCAAUUCUUUUGAUUGUCCUAUGCCAAACAUUGAAGCCAAUGUGCCUGCUGUAUUGAGAGGUUUAGAACUAUCAAAUAAAAGUUUAUGUCAAUAAAA